ACUUUUGAAGAUGAUAUGCUACUAUCAUGCCGCGUUUUAGCUGUGGAGCCAUCAGAAAAGUUACAUGAUGCAAGAUAAGGGAGAGGAUCACUUCCUCCCUCUGUGGUUUGUCUGGCUGAGUUGCUAAAAAAAGGCUGAGCAGAAUAUCCUGGCAAGCCUGCCGUCAGCAUGGACCAAGAAGUGGUGGGGUACAUUGUCCUCCUGGUCAUCGUUACGCUUUUAAGCGUCGUCCAGAAUGGUAAGAAAGAACAAGGGAGGGGGGAGGUCAGAAAAAGAGGCAGACCUGAGCAUUAGGCAUGGGGUGAGAAAGAUUUGAAUGAAUGCAUUUAAAUAAUAAUAAUCUGUAUUUGUACAUGUUGUUUCAGAGCUCCUCUCAGAAUCCCGCCCCUCUUUUUGUUGAUUUGUCUGGGUUUUAAAUUAAAUACUUGCAAUGUGUGUUCCAGAUUCCUUAGCCUAGCAAUAUUGACACUAACUUCCAUGUUAAAUUAACACUGAGAGAAUGGCAGGGGGAAGAAUCUCACAUGUGGCAAGUCGCAGGCUGGUGGGGAUGGAAAUGUUCCUUCUGGUGAUAGCAGGAGGUGACCGGGCUGCUGCCUAGGUUGACUGGCAGUGGGAGGUGGGCUCCCUUGGGUGGGUGGGGGGACCAGACUCUUACCUGCAGGGAAACACUGAGCAGGGCUGACACCUCACCUAGCAUCAAUGCCAGCAUCACCUUAGCUGCUCUACACCGAUUCAGUACCAUCUUGUCAGUACUGACCAGCAGUGAUCAACUCCCGCCCGGAAUCCAAUGUCCCCACUGUGGAAGGACGUGUGGAUCCAGAAUUGGCCUCCACAGUCACUUACACACUCAUUGAUAAAACUGUGUUUAUGGAAGACAAACUUAUUCAACUACGAGUGAUCGCCAAAGAAGAAGAACAAGCAGUGACUCUGGGGUUUCAGACUGGGGUCUUUCCUAUCGCCACUGGGAGAAGCUGCCUGCGGAUUGGACCUGGUAACCUUCUUCUUUCAAAGCUGCUGCCCUUCCACAUUUCCUCUUCCCUGCUGCACUGAACUUUUUGGGUUCAGUGAGGAGUAGCGAGGAGAGAAGGGGAUUAAUGGAGAAUGGGAUUUCUGAGUUGUUGUUUUUAGAAAAACUUAGAAUCAUAGAAUCAUAGAAUCAUAGAGUUGGAAGAGACCACAAGGGCCAUCGAGUCCAACCCCCUGCCAAGCAGGAAACACCAUCAGAGCAUUCCUGACAUAUGGUUGUCAAGCCUCUGCUUAAAGACCUCCAAAGAAGGAGACUCCACCACACUCCUUGGCAGCAAAUUCCACUGUCGAACAGCUCUUACUGUCAGGAAGUUCUUCCUAAUGUUUAGGUGGAAUCUUCUUUCUUGUAGUUUGGAUCCAUUGCUCCGUGUCUGCUUCUCUGGAGCAGCAGAAAACAACCUUUCUCCCUCCUCUAUGUGACAUCCUUUUAUAUAUUUGAACUUCAACUUACAUUCUCUCCAACUCACAGGUCCACACACAGAGCGACAUUAUACAGUGGUACCUCAGGUUACAUACACUUCAGGUUACAGACUCCGCUAACCCGGAAAUAGUGCUUCAGGUUAAGAACUUUGCUUCAGGAUGAGAACAGAAAUCGUGCUCCAGCGGCGCGGCGGCAGCAGGGUGCCCUAUUAGCUAAAGUGGUGCUUCAGGUUAAGAAUAGUUUCAGGUUAAGAACGGACCUCCAGAACGAAUUAAGUACUUAACCCAAGGUACCUCUGUAUAUGCAACAGUGAGCAUAAAGUCCAGCAGGAGAACAAAAAGUUUGAGAAGCAGUGGAGGGAGGAGGAGAUUCUAUUUAGAGCACCAAGCUGCCCUUUCAGACAAGUUUGUUCUGGAUCCUGGAGGGACGCCGUUGAUCACUGAAACCGUAUCUUUGUUAUAGUGACUAACAACCUGCAGCAAAAUGUUUGGGUUUCUCGGCAUUCUUCAGAUGCCCCAACAUGACUCAGAGGGUGCUGUGGCCACGGUGGUAGAUGCAGGACACUGAUUUAGCAACACAGCUAGUAGCACCGUUCUCUGUCCUGCUCUCCUCUUGAAUAAGCAGCAUGAGAUCAGUGCAAUUGUGUAAACGAGUCAGGCUUUGUGCCUGGAGGCCAUUCUUCUUAUGUUAAAUUCUCAGGAUACUGCAGCAAGGCAGCAAGGAGUAUCAGAUUCCAAAGCACACUGAAUUGGUAACCCAAGAACUACCAAUUCAGGUAGGAACCAACAGUUCUUUCUGGCUGAAGGCCUUACUGAAAUUGCUGCAGUGCUUUCCAAGGCUAGAGAGACAUCGUGUGCAUAUUUCAAAGAAAAACACACAGUAAUGGCUAAGGCAACAGAACUUGGGAGAUUUGCAACCCCCUUGAAAACCACCCUUAUGUUUUGGAGUCCCAGCACCAUUACUGAAAAUUUAAAAAGCAGUUUGAGAGAGGGGGUUUUCAGCAGAGGAAUGAAAGGAGCUCUUAAUCUUUCCUCCCCAAUAAUUUCAGUGGCUCUCAGCCAGCAGCGUCAGGCUUAGAUUGGUGUCGGUCGCUGCUGGAACUGACUCAUGAAAGGUGCUUCUGGACCUUCACACCUUACAAAGACACCUGCAAGACUACCAACAGCAAUGCUUGUUUGUCUGGAUAGGAUAACAUAUUCCAGGCAUUGAUUUUCCAUAUAUAUUGACUUUCCUUGCUUUACUAUCCCAAAUUCCAUUCCUUCAAGCAUCCGAAAAUUGAAAGUGAUAUUUGUGAAACAUUAAGUUGAUAUUUUGUUAAGUCGUUGUUUGAUGUUACUAUGUUACAGAAAUAUUCUGAUUUAUAAUUUAACUGUUUAUUACAUCAAUUUUUUGGAAAGAUUAAUUUGCAUUGCAUUGGUUUAUGGAACUGUUUGUUGUUUCUGUCUUUGACGUUGUUUCUUAGCCACUUUGGGCUUCCCACAGGUAGGAAAAGUGGGACGUUAAUAUUGAAAUGAAAUGAAAGUAAGCCUUUCUUUCUUUCUUUCUUUCUUUCUUCCUUCCUUCCUUCCUUCCUUCCUUCCUUCCUUCCUUCCUUCCUUCCAUUCUAAAACAGCUUUUUUUGCAAGCAAAGUAGAACAGGAAAGCAAGAACAGUACAGGCAAAAUUGUUCACCGUGGCGGUACAUCUCCCUUUGAGCGAGUCUUUACAGCCAAGUGAGUAUUUAUUUUGCGUGUCAUGGGAAAGAGGAGUGAAAUGGCAAACAAUACAGCUGUAAUUGUUGCAGACCCAAGGCAUGUAUCUAAAGAGAGAUUUUGGGGCCCAAAUUUGCUUUGAUACUAUUCCUACCCACCACCUCCAUCCCAGAAAGCUGGCCUUCUAAGACUUUGAGUAGAUCCACACCAUACAUUUAAAGCGUAUUCAAUGCAUAUUUAAAGCACAUGACUUCCCCCAGAGAAUCCUGGGGACUCUGGCUCUGUUAGAUGUUCCCAGGAUUAACUGGGGAAGUCAUGUGCUUUAAAUGUGCAUUGGAUGUCCUUUAAAUGUACGGUGUGGCUCUCUCCUUCAUGUUGUUGUUGACUCCGGUUUUUGAAACACAAGGCUUUGCUAGUUAGGCGAAUGAGAUGAAGUAAGGCUUGUUCUUAUGCUCACCCCUCACCUCCUCUGGCAGAGCCACCAGGAUGGGUCUGGAAGGUUAUGCUUACGUUUUAGAUUAACCACAGUUUGUUAUGAUGUUCAUACCUGGACAAUAUGUGGUUAGUCUUAACCAUGGUUUGCUGAAAUGAGCCAACCUGAAAUCAAGGUUUACCUAGCUAACAAACCAUGGUUCAGAUUAAAAGCUUCCUUCCCCAAUUGUCUGUGUUUCAAUUUGUGCACUGUACCUACGUCAAAAAAAAUUGUAGAUAACAGUUGUGACAUGAACAUCCCUUUGAGAUUGCUAUCUUUCUGAUUUUACAUUAAGCUUCCCUGUGAUUGACAGGCGCCUUGUCCUUUGCUUCGAAUUGCAUGGAUACAUUUUCUUGCUCUCAGUAUGACGAUAUCCCUUUCUAAAAAUAAUUUCCUAGCCAAAACUGCAGAGACGCCUACCCUACCUUUCUUGCCGUGCUUUGGUGUGCUGGCUUGCUGUGUAGUCAAGGUAAUGUAUUCAGAGUCCUCUUCACACCAUCUCCCUAGGGGGUGUGUACACAUUGCCUGAUAAUGUGCAUUCAGUGCUGGAUGCAGGCAUGCUUGGGAGGGGGCUGUGCACAUGAUGUUGUCCCUAUGCGUCCCUGGUUAAGCUAAAGUGAAUUCUGCAGCAACAGUUUUAAUCCGGUUUUUGCAAAGAGCUCAGCCCUCAAGUGCUUGCUGCAUUCAAAUAUACACAGAGAGUCUUAGGUCACCUCCUACUGGGGAAGACCUCAUCAUGGUGCAAGACUGGGCCACUUCCUCUCUCCUACAAGACUUCCGCAGCAUAUUGUAAUGCAUGGGGGGAGGGAGUGAGGAAGGAACUGUGCAUACGCAGAUGCAUCAAAGUGUUACAUCAUUUCCACCAGAGCUUGGGAGGUGGGUGACUAACCUAAUGAGGGGAGGGGAGCAGAGCACCUUCAUGUGUACUACUUCACAUACACUCCCACCUGUAAGUACAGACAACACAAGCAGUAUUUCCUGCUUUAGGCAAUGCUAUUGUGCCAAGGAAUGCACAGCCGCAAAUCACUAUCAACAAAAGCGAUCUGCAAAAAAAGAGAGAGCCCUGUGCAUUUCAGACCCGCGUGUGUACGUAGCCUAGGUUUUGCAUUUAUCAAGGCAAAAUAGCAAAUACUGUUUCCUCUUUUUUUAUUGAUACAGCAAGAAAAGAAAAAAGAGAAAACACAAAUACCAAAUUACACACAGGAAUAACAAUAGGCACAGAAUUUUCUUAACAAACAGUAAGACAUAAAUUGGUCUUAACACUAAAGACCUAACCCCCCAGUCUAUUCCAUGUUUCAAUUUCAUAUAACUUAUUGCCAAUACACACUUUUAUCAUAAUUAAACUUUUUCUUAAUAUAUCUUAAUUCUUAUAUCUCCCUUGCAAGUUCCUCAAAUGCUGCAACUGAGUUUAAACUACUAUAUUUAUAUUUCCAUAGGGCUCGUCCUCUGAAAGCCAUAAUAGUUAAACCACUUUGAAUCGUCAAAACAAAAUAGAAAAAAUUCCUUCCAGUAGCACCUUAGAGACCAACUAAGUUUGUUAUUGGGAUGAGCUUUCGUGUGCAUGGUAUCUGAAGAAGUGUGCAUGCACACGAAAGCUCAUAUCAAUAACAAACUUACCGUAGUUGAAUCGUGCUCAAGGUUGCAUUUUAAUCCAAGUAAAGUGACAAUGUCUAAUGACAAAUGCCUUUCCUACUUCUCUUUAGCUCCUGCUGCCUUUGCUGGACUGAUGUACUUGUUUGUGAGACAGAAGUACUUUGUUGGCUAUAUGGGGGAAAGGACACAGAGGUAAUUCCCCACUUACAUCUGCUCAAAAGUUCGAAGAUCGCGGCUCACUUGUCCAUUCCUUGUUUGCCCUCCCCUCCCCACCCCAUAACAAGAGAUGUUCUGGCUCUCCGUACGUUAUUGGACUACAGAUUCUAUUGCCGCCCUUUAGGAGAAAGGGCAGGGUAGAAAUGGAAAUAAAUUAAAAUAUUUCAGCCCAUUGGCCAUGUUGGCUGGGGCUGAUGGGAGUUGGAGUCCACCAGUGUCUGGAGGCCCGUCGAUUUCCUGCCACUAUUCUAGAUUCUCCUAAUCAGUUUGUUGGGCUUAUUCUGACAUUGUGUUUUCCUUUUCACCUAGAAUAAUGCCUGUGGAGAAAUACAUGUGGGAAAAUGCUUCUUUGGAAUGUAGAUUUUUCAAUAAUGAAAAUAUGAGAAAAGAGCACAUCUUGUGUAUUUCUCUGUGUUUUCCCUCCAUGGAGCAAAAAUAUACGGUCACAUUCAUUUAAAGCACUCUUAUACCACUUUAAUAGUCAUGGCUUCUAGUCCUAGACUAGGCCCUUCACCUUCCCUUUCAAUCCUGAUAGUAUUUCACAAAGACUGGAUGUCAUGGGUGCUAUUGUUACUGCUGUAUCAGCUCUCAGCUGCACACAGUGGAGUUGUAUGAUGUUUAGGCACCAUUAGAAUUACAGCAGUCAGUGUCCUCACUGCAAAAUCCCUGAAGGUAAAACGAGCCCACAACCCUAAAUCCACAAAACCCUACUGAAGUCAGUGGACCUUACACAGAGGGUCUCUGGUUGUCUUAUACUGCUUGGCUUCCACAUACCCUAUCACGUUCCUGAAUUAAAUAUGCAAGGCUAUUGAAUUUUGUUUCAAGUAUAAUCAGUGACUAUCAUUUUUAAUAGCUCGGAUAAGAUAUAUACGUCUCUUAAAUGGAACCGUCUUGGUUACUGGGAUGCAUAAAUUUUGCCCUGUGCACCGAAUUCAUCUGCUGAUUUACACCUGCGCGGCUCACUCAAAAUUAAUUGUGCUUGCCAAGACAUACAUCAGUGCAGAGUUUGACCCCAUUAAUCUGAACAUCUGAGCUCUAUUUAAGUUGAGCUUGACCUUCAUGACAGAUAGAGAGGUUUAGCUCGUUUCUUGCAAAUCAAUAUAUUCUUACCUACUGCUUUCUCUCUCUCUUUCUCUCUCUCUUAGCACUCCUGGUUACAUUUUCGGAAAACGCAUCAUAGCUUUCCUGUUCCUUAUGUCUGCCGCUGGAGUCCUCAACUAUUACCUGGGUUACUUUUUUGGAAGCGAUUUUCAAAUGUAUAUAAAAACCAUAACUGGUACCAUCUCCCCACUGCUGCUUAUUCCUUAAAUCUCUGUAGAAAGAGAGGGAAGGAGGUAAAAAAGAAUGGAGGUCAGUGUGCUUAGCCAAUCAAUAUCCAGAAGCAGAUGUUUGAAAUGAACCUACAAAGCUGCUUUUAGAUUGCCAUAAAUCCAAUGCUCCUUGGGACUUUGUAGUUUUCAUUUAACACAGAUUUUUCCCCCCUACAAGAAAAUGAUUUAUUGUGCACAGUUGGCAUGUCUUUGGGAGAAGAGUAAUAUGUUCCUGUAAUUUAUCAGGCUCCCUCCUAUAAAUGGGUUUGGUCACAGAAUUCUUAAGUGCAAGGAAAAUUUUAUGCUGCCAUCAUUAAAAAAAAAAUUUUUUUACAAGAUUCUAAGACAUAAUCCUUGGUUUUUUUUAGUCUUCUUGAAUUUGUAAUUCCUAUGAUAGUUAAUGGCACUGAGGCUUCCAUUUUGGUAGAAAUAGAACCAGCCAUCUGGCUCAAAGCCCUAUUUUUAUCAUUAUCAUAUUGGCUUAAUAUACAUAAGAAUAAAGUAUGGUAUAUGUUUUGGAACAUGCUGUUAUUUUAAUAAAGUUAUUUACAGUGACAAAA